AUGGAGCAACACGGACCCUACCAAAACGCUAUACGACAGAAAGCUAGGAUGGAGCAACACGGACCCUACCAAAACACUAUACGACAGAAAGCUAGGAUGGAGCAAAACGGACCCUACCAACACGCUAUACGACAGAAAGCUAGGAUGGAGAAACACGGACCCUACCAAAACGCUAUACGACAGAAAGCUAGGAUGGAGCAACACGGACCCUACCAAAACACUAUACGACAGAAAGCUAGGAUGGAGCAACACGGACCCUACCAAAACGCUAUACGACAGAAAGCUAGGAUGGAGCAACACGGACCCUACCAAAAUGCUAUACGACAGAAAGCUAGGAUGGAGCAACACGGACCCUACCAAAACGCUAUACGACAGAAAGCUAGGAAUGAGCAACACGGACCCUACCAAAACGCUAUACGACAGAAAGCUAGGAUGGAGCAACACGGACCAUACCAAAACACUAUACGACAGAAAGCUAGGAUGGAGCAACAUGGACCCUACCAAAACGCUAUACGACAGAAAGCUAGGAUGGAGAAACACGGACCCUACCAAAACGCUAUACGACAGAAAGCUAGGAUGGAGCAACACGGACCCAACGCUAUACGACAGAAAGCUAGGAGGGAGCAACACGGACCCUACCAAAACGCUAUACGACAGAAAGCUAGGAUGGAGCAACACGGACCCUACCACAACGCUAUACGACAGAAAGCUAGGAUGGAGCAACACGGACCCUACCAAAACGCUAUACGACAGAAAGCUAGGAUGGAGCAACACGGACCCUACCAAAACGCUAUACUACAGAAAGCUAGGAUGGAGCAACACGGACCCUACCAAAACGCUAUACGACAGAAAGCUAGGAUGGAGCAACACGGACCCUAUCAAAACGCUAUACGACAGAAAGCUAGGAUGGAGUAA